GCAUCGCACGGACCUGCUCCGCUCACUUUUUUUUCUGUCGAGGCGCGACUUCUCCCCCCCCCCCCCCAACCACCCCGCAUUAAAAACCAGACCAACCUCCCGCAGACUCUGAGCAAACACCCACCAGAGAGCGAGGGAACCGUGAAGGUGACAGAGGCUCGACACCGGAGCAGCUUGUAGUCGUCGCAGGUUUUUUGUGAGCAGACAUCAGACCGGACUUCUCCCCGCUCCCUCCGCACCCUGUAAGGCAAAAUGGGGAAACAGAACAGCAAGUUGACCCCUGAAGUGAUGGAGGACCUGGUGAAGAGCACAGAGUUUAAUGAACACGAGCUGAAGCAGUGGUACAAGGGAUUCCUGAAGGACUGUCCCACCGGCAGACUCAACCUGGAUGAGUUCCAGCAGCUUUAUGUCAAGUUCUUCCCUUACGGUGACGCAUCCAAGUUCGCCCAGCACGCCUUCAGGACCUUCGACAAGAAUGGCGACGGCACCAUCGACUUCAGAGAGUUCAUCUGUGCGCUGUCCAUCACAUCGCGAGGCAGCUUCGAGCAGAAACUCAACUGGGCCUUCAACAUGUACGACCUGGACGGAGACGGCAAGAUCACACGCGUGGAGAUGCUGGAGAUCAUCGAGGCGAUCUAUAAGAUGGUGGGCACGGUGAUCAUGAUGAAAAUGAACGAGGAUGGCCUGACGCCCCAGCAGAGGGUCGACAAGAUCUUCUCCAAGAUGGAUAAGAACAACGACGACCAGAUCUCACUGGACGAGUUCAAAGAGGCGGCCAAGAGCGACCCGUCCAUUGUACUACUGCUGCAGUGCGACCUUCAGAAAUAGGCUGUAAGGGGCGAGCGAGCUGCUCCGCCAUCCGCCACGGACUGCACAGAAAGAAUUUCAUGUUCCAUUCAGUUUGCAGCUAUUUCCACUGAAAAAAAAUUAUAUGCUUGGACUACCUUUCAAUGGAUCUGCUUCUUGUGUUUGAAACACUCGUGUGCAUGAGAAUGUUAUUUGCUAUAAAAAAGAUCUACACACAACAUACAAGAGUGUGCGGGGUGAAAGAGUGCGGGGUGCACAGUUACACCACAGACAGAUACACCAACAGCGCAUACACACACACACACACACACACACACACACACACACACACAAUCUUUCACGACACCUCGCACAAAUAAUAUAUAUAGAUAUAUAUAAAAAUGAAUAUAUAUUUAAGUUAUUUAAAGAUCAACUGCCAAAAUGUGAAGUGUGCAAAGUAUUUUCCAUAAAGUUUCAUUUUACUGGAGCUUGCUUCGUUGAAUUUACCGCUACUCUAUUUAUUGUUCCCGAGUUUACUGACGCUAGCUGUACGUGUUUCAUAAUACCAAGUAUUGUCAACCGAUCCAAAUUCCUAUGAUAAUGUAUCUGCCUCCAAUGAGACAACACUCUAUCCAUCGUCUCCGACAUUUGCUCUAGGGGAGAUGGAUUAACGUUCGUCCAACUUUUCCUUCUAAAACAUGCUUGUACUGUCGGUAAGAAAAAAGAAAAAAAAAAGUGUAACUGUAGUUAAUUUGCAUGCCUUUAGGUUCUGCCUUAAAAAAAAUCUCCUCAUUCUGUAUCCUGAAAUCGAAGACAGAAAGCCUUAUCAAAGCAGCGCGGCGAUAUAUGGGGAGUGUGACAAAAAAAAAAGUUUUAACCAGAUAGGGAGGGCGGGGGGUUAAAAAAAAUCCAACCAGUAUCGUCAUAUGGGAUGUAACCUUUGUGAUCUGUCGAGACGUUUUUUGCUUUAACUGUGGGAGCAUGUUCCCCUGUAGAUUUAGCUGUGGUAUAUGUUGCUAAGAACUAAUCCCCUGUCCCUGCGUUUCAAAAACACUGUCAUUGCAAAUUAGGAGACGCUGAAUGUGGAGGAGUCAGUAUCGGAGACGAAAGAGAAACUUUUCAAAAAGAGCUAAUAUGAUGCAUCAGACUGGAGGCUCGUGAGAUCUAAGCAUUGAAAUCAGGAUUCCCUGGAGAGUGGCCGAGGCCUCUCUUACAGCCGCGGUCACAUUCAAUUAGAGAGAAGUACAAGUGUUCAUCUGUAGUUGGAGAGCAUUGUUAUCAAACUUAGUUCUAUGUCCCCGUCACAUCCACCUUGUUUCUUUUUGUGGAGAAGCCUGCAGGUUUGCAUAUCAAUAUGAUGAAUCUUUGUUCCACUCUGAGAGAAGAGCAGCCAGGGCGGCAUUUUUUCCACCUUUAUCGUUUUGUCUUUUUUCAGUGGAAGUACAUGAAAGUAGUGAGAGGAGCAGUGAAUGGCGUUUCAUUAGAAUACACUGUAGCUACUAGAGGACGGCCCUUACUGUAAAGCCAUGUGUUAAGUAGGUUGAACUAUCCGCCCCCCCCUCUCCUCUUCCUCCUCCUCCUCCACUCCCCCCCCC